GUCCCCGCUCCCGCAUUCCCCCACCCCGCGCGGAAGGGAUGGCGGAGGCGGGCGCGGCCCUGCUCGCGGGGCUGCUGGCGAGGCUGGCGCUGGUGCUGUACGGGCUGUACCAGGACCGCGCCAUGCGGGUGCGCUACACCGACGUCGACUACCGGGUGUUCACGGACGCGGCGCGGCUGGUGACCGAGGGGCGCUCGCCCUACCGGCGGGCCACGUACCGCUACACGCCGCUCCUGGCCUGGCUCCUGACGCCCAACGUGCUUCUCGCCGAGCCCUUCGGGAAGCUGCUCUUCGUGGCCGGCGACCUGGCGGCCGCUGUCGUCGCCUACCGGGCCCUGCGGCGCCGGGGGGCCGCCGCCCGCCUCGCCUGUGGGUGCUGCGCCGCCGCCUGGCUCCUCAACCCCCUGCCCAUGGCCGUGUCCAGCCGGGGCAACGCGGAGGCGCUGGUGGCCCUGCUGGUGCUCGCCACCCUGUACUGGGUGGAGGCGGGCAGCGUGGGCAAGGCGGCCGUGUGCUACGGGCUGGCCGUGCACAUGAAAAUAUAUCCCCUGACCUACGUGCUGCCCAUAGCGCUCCGCCUGCGCGCCGGGCCGGGCCGCGGGGAAGGCGAGCUGGAUGCGCCGGGUGACAAAACGCCAAAGCUCACGUUUAUGGCGCGCCUCUGGCACCUUUUUGUAAAGAUGCUGAACCGCGACGUGCUGCUGUUUGGAACAGUUGCCGGAUCAGUGCUGGCUUCCUUGACUGUGACAUUUUAUCACCUCUAUGGCUGGGAGUUUUUGGAGCAUGCCUAUCUCUAUCACCUGACUAGGAGGGAUAUCCGGCAUAACUUCUCUCCCUAUUUCUACAUGUUGUACUUGACAGCGGAGAGUAAAUGGAGUUUUGCCCUUGGGCUCGCAGCUUUUCUUCCCCAGCUGCUUUUGCUCCUGGUUGUGUCCCUAGCGUUCUACAGAGACCUUGCCUUCAGUUGUUUCCUACACACUGCUAUUUUUGUGACUUUUAACAAAGUAUGCACAUCCCAGUACUUUGUCUGGUAUCUUUGCCUUUUGCCCCUCGUAAUGCCUAGUAUUAAGAUGUCCUGGCGUCGGGGCGUGCUGCUUCUCUUUCUGUGGUUCAUCGGACAAGGCCUGUGGCUCACUCCUGCAUACUUUUUGGAGUUCAAAGGGUAUAACACUUUCUUAUUUAUAUGGUUGGCAGGCUUGCUUUUCCUUUUAAUUAAUAGCCUCAUAAUUGUUCAGAUUAUUUCACAUUAUCAAAAAGAAGCACAAGUUGCAAGAAAACUGAAACAACGGUAAUAAACUGACCAAAAUCCAGAAACAGCCCUGCUGUCCUUGAUAAGGCAUCGUGUUAUCACCAGCACUUCAUUUAACAAAAGUGCACCUAAGUUGUACUAGAGCCCAGUGUGUGUAAAUGUUACUGUUUCAGGGCUGUGAGAGCACUGAUUGGCCUCAGUUGCCCUGAGCAGUGUCAGCAGGUGUACCCAUCUCCUGUGUGGGUCUUGAAACUGUGCUGCAACUCUCUCUCCAACACUGCCUCCAGCUCUGUCCUCCCACUCCUGACUAGAAUCCCUGGAAGUACCCUGGACCAGUUCAUCAUUUAACUGUUUGGGGCUCUGAUGAAUGGGCUCUACCCAUCUGCACUGACUGUCUUCACCUGCCAUCUCCAGAAGCAGUGGGAUUGUGCCCUGCUCUUUGUUCCCUGGCCUCCCUCAGUUCCUGCUCAUACUCCCUCAUGGAGUAGCCCUGGCACCCUUUUUCUCAUUCUCUGCUUGUUGAGAACUUUGGCUUUUGAAUAACACAGAAUAUUACAAAGGUGGAGUUUGGUUAUAAAAUGGGAGUUUGACAGUUUUGUACAUUCCAGUAGGUCGGUGGGGUGUUUGGCAAGGCAAUCGCUCAGCUUUUACAGUGGGGUUUAUUUUUUCUUUUGUUUCCACAUUAACAUUUUAGCUGUGCACUGUUUGUGGCCUGUACUUGGUCUUUAUGUCAUUAACUCUUAGAGACUUUUAAUUUAUUUUGGAAUUCAGAUAUGCCUCUUUUUCACUUAUUUUUGCAUAUUCUAUUUGAAUUUUUGAAUAAAUUCAUUCCACUUGCCAUGGAGGAAGAUUUUCCCAUAUACCUGUCUUGGAUCACAGAGAUGUAUAAAGCUUAAAUAUUUAUUUCUUCCUGCCAGGUUCUUGAAAAGAGGUCACUGCUCAGAUUGCAGUUAAUGUAGGGUUAUUGUGGGUGUUAACAGUAGCAAAUGCAGAGUCAAAGGUUAGAUUGGCACCUGUGACCCAAAAGCACUAAAGUUUAGACCAAAAUAGUAAUUGGAAAUGUUGUUUCUCAGUGGUUCUGUUUCUCUGCUAUUAAAAAAAAAAUGAAAAAAUGAAAGGAGUUGAGGAAAUUGAGCAGUUGCCAGAAGAAAAGGGAAGUUUUGAAAUAGAAAGCUCAGCAACUUGUCAAAACACAUUUUUUCCCUUAGGAGACACAGGAAGAUUUGGAAUUGAGUGCCAAGUGAUAGUGAGGGGAGACCAGAGCCAUUUUGGAAUCAAUACUCUCAAGAACAUCCCAUAAGAGGUCUGAUGUACACAGCUUUUGACAGAGGUGGAAACUGACAAGGUAUUUUAGUAAAAUCUUGUUUAAAUAGGCCUAUGCCAAAUAGAAGAAUUACCAUAUUUGCCUCACCUUUUAGUUACAUCCAGUGGGAAAAUGAAACCCCUAGUGUGUAACACAGAGCAGGGCUUCAAGGCUUCUACCACGUAGUGGAAUUCCCAGUGAUGUCACUGGGAAAGGGUAUGGCCAAGUGGAUUUGCCAUGCUGCCUCUGAACCCUGGUGUCUCCUGAGGCAGCCCUUCUUCCUCAGGGCUGCAGGGACUUCCAGCUACCUCACAUACGGGAUUUCCUUUCCUGGUUGUAGAACUAUCUCAUGAGAUGGAAUUACAGUAUUUUGAUCUAUGAACUUUUCCCAUUGCUUCUCAGCCCCAUUGAAGUCGUUGUAUGAAAGGAAAGGAAAUCCCUGAGCCCCCACAGCCCAGAGCCAAAGGGCAUGUUAUCAGAAGGUAUGACCAUGUCCUUAUACCACUCUGGCCCAAUUUAGACAUUUCAGUGUGUUAGAAGGACUAUUUCCCUGUGAUUUCCAUGGUCAGAGUACUGGGGGCAUGUUUCUGCUUCCCCACUGGAAUGCUUUUCUCUGCCAUGUGCCGUCUCACUUGCCUUCAGACUAUGAAAAUCCUGACAGCCUUUUUGUAAAUCCAGAAAUUGGAGAAGGCAGUGGAUGUUCUUUUGACUGUCUUGGUUUUUGGGGCACUUGUUUUGGAGGCGCUGAUUUCCUUCUUUUUCUAGGAUAAAGAAUGUUUUAUACACCAGCUUGUCUAUAUCUUCCACUAGAGGUGUAUCAGUCCAAAAAAUGGUGGCAUAAGCCACUUGCACACAGUUUUAUAUUAAUCAGCAAGACAUUUUAUGUGUGCUGUGGGUGUGUGGAGCAAAAUCAUACCAUGUGGCUUUAUUCUCCAAGGCAGAGUUGGAUAUACUCAGGUUCAGUGGAAGACUGAAGUGGCUCUUCUUGCAGUACUUCUGCUCACUCUGUCCUGAUGUCCAGGCAAUGGCUCAUUUUCCUUGGCAGCUGAUCUUCCAUUAUCUGUUAGACAUUUUUGUGUUGCCAGAAGCAUGUUUUCUUCCCCAGAGCAAUGUUCUGUAUCACUCUAACAGACCUACUUAUGAUGUUUGCGGACAUUUCCACACCUCUGUUUUCCCUUCCUGUUGGCAGAGAAAGCAAAUGCAAGCCAAAAGGCAUUUCUAGCCUCAAAAACCUUCCACAAAAACCAGCAUUUUAAAUUACUGUGUUCAUGACAGAAUUGCAAUUUUUUUAGGUAAGAAGUAAUUUCCUUAUGAAAAAUAUGUGCUUGACUUGUUAAUAGCUAAAUCAUUUUGAAAAGGAAAAUUUUUCAGCAAUUUGGCGUCAUUUUUCAGAAUACAAAUUCUGAAGCAGCAAUAGGAACUGAAGGGUACCUUCCCUUUGCAGGUCAGUACCAGUCCUACAGUGAUGAUUUGAGAAAGCCAUGCAUAAGCAAGUUAUAAAAAGGCUUUACAGUCAUCAUUUUAAUAAUCCAGGAUGAGUCCCUCUUUUUACAGUUGUUUUCUAAAUCACCCAAAUGUGUUUGCAAUUCAGAAGUAAUUCAAGUGACUCAUAAAAAGCUGGAUAAGAGGGAUAAACUGAAGGAGACAAACAAAAAGAUAUUUGAGAGUUUAGAUCUGGCAAAUUGCUUUUAAAAAUGAUUCCAUAGUUAAAUGGAAUUGAAUAAAUUUAUUCAUUUUAAAAAAGGUUUAAAAUAAUUUAAUGGAGUACCAAAAAAGUUAGAGUUCUUGAACAAGUUAUGUUGAACAGUUAUAAUGUCCUUAAAAUGUACCAAAUUCAUUUCCUAUGGAACAUUUAUUGCUUUUGAUGCUGUUCAGAUUAUUUUGCUUAAUAACUUUGUGUCCAUUUAUCCUCUUGUAAUCAGGAACUGAAGUGUGUGAAAGUUAGUAUUCCUUCCUUAUCACGGCUUGAAAAACUGUAAUGCUGACUGCUUUGCUUUUAAAAGGUUGAAAUAUCCACUGAAAUGUGUCUCAUCUGCAGAAAAUUCACAUUGCACUGAAACUGGCCCUUCAGCACAAAGUGCAAGAGGUGAAAGAGAAAGGGAAAGAAAAAUCAAGUUUUUGCCUCAAUUUUUACACUGUAGCCUAUUGUCUAAAGACUCAUGACUGGAUUCUCAGGUGACUUAAGGCAAAGCUCAGCAUUUAACAGUGGUUUGCUUUAAAGUUUAUAAAUGCAAUUAUUAAAAAAGCAGGGUAAGCCAAAAUAUAAUAAUAAAUAUUUCCUACCGUUUUAGUGUGAGGAUGCUGAAUUACCAUCUAUGAUACAAUGUACUUUGUCCUUACUAAGUUUUUGCAAGUUACUUGCAUUGUAUUGACUCCUGUAAUAGUAAAGAAAGCAGUUAGGUGUCCUAAACUGAGCUCAUUAGUUAUCUUUUUCAAAGAUAACCAUGAGGCUUUUACAUUUAACAGCAAGGAGAGACUCCAACAUGUUUCAUAAUGUUGUAUAGAGAAAGUAAAUGUUAAAAGGGAGUAAAUUAUGAGCAAAUGGUGUGCUUUUUUUUUUAUCUGAGAAGAAUGAGUCAUCUUAUUUAAAAGGGCUGCAGAAAUACAUAGUGAACACAGGGAACCUCAAAAUACAUGAGGUAUUCCUCAUAUAUUGCAGAAUGCAUGUCCUAGUGAUAGCAGCUUUAUGGAAUAGGAUUACCCUGAAUUUAGGACAAACCCUUUACUCCGGCUGAAACCCAACCACUCAAGCAGUUUUCUUGCUUCAGAGCUUAUUUAUGUGCGCUAUACUCACAAGCCCGAACAUUUACCUGCACAUACAGAAGCAAAAAGAAAAAUCCCAGUCAAUACACCUUUGAAUAACAUUUUUCAGAGCUGCCCUCUGUAAAAUAGGUUCCUUCGAUAUUUCUUAUAUUUAGCACUCAGAAUCUCUAGUGACUCUAAAAAUGCUUUACAUAAUUUUGAUGCAUAUGGAAAAUAAAUUCAUAUGCUGCAGGGAUCUUGAGGUGUAAUAGACACAAUAAAGAACCAAGCAGUUAUGUGUUUGAAGGUGCACAUUCCACCGGUAUCCUGAUGUUCUUCGUUAUAAAAUCUGCACUAGUCAGAUUUGCGUAGGAGACUUGUUUCAGUCUUUAUGCAUGAUGAAUGAGGUCAGAGACCUACAUAUUGUACUAGUGAAAAUAUCAGAAAGAUAAAAAUUUCUCUUGAUGCAGUACCAUUAUUUUGAGGUUGUUUUCAAUUAUAUUUCCUUUAAGACACUAAUAAACUGAUGCAAUAAAUUCAUGCAACUGUUGCACGCAUUUUUAAUAGCUGAAAUGUCUCUUUUUCUUUAGUGUGGUGAAGAGGACCAAAAUUUGUCAUUUUUUAAUGGUGUAAGUUGAUAGUACUUUGAGCAGAAUUCCCAUGACUUGGUGCAUUCUGAUGCAUGCUGAGAGGAGCAGGGGUUUCUGCAUAAGAGGUCACUUGCCGGGCUGCAGUCUUACUUCAUGUGUAGAUAAAGCUUUAGCUGCAGUCUCUUAUUCUUCGAGCUUAACUUUCAGACAUUAAUGAUCUCUUCAGAUAAAACACUUCAUAGCUUGCACAUAAAGAAAUUACACAUAAGAGAUCGUCCCUAUUUUUCAUGGAAAUUGGUGGGGAAGCCAGCUAGGACAUCUGUGGGAGAAAUGCCGAAAAGAAAUGUCUGUAUCUGAUUAGCUACAAAGACAACUUCAGCCUUGGAAAUCAGCUGAAAUGCAGCCAAAUUGAGCAGUAAGCCCAUACUGUGAAUUUCCUGUUCUUUACAUGAAGGGUAUUUGAUCAAAAGUGCUUUCCCAUUUUACAGGAGGAAAAUGGGAUCUUGAUAGCAAUUGUCAGGGUGGGUGAAUAUGACUUUCCUUCCUUAACAUUGUCAUAGGGUCUAUAGAAUGUUAUAUGCUACAGUAGCACUUGUGGAGUUGUACAGGUGUGACUUGCAUAAGCUAGUAUUAGGCAAUAUUGUUAGUGUAGCAAGUGGUUAUUAGUAAGCAGUUACUCUGAAACUGCUUUUUGAAGGUUAACUCAAGUCAAACCUGAUUCCUGCUUCACAAGUCAGCAGCUGUGUUAAUUGAGAUGGUACUGUUUUGACAGUAAUUUUCCAAAGAGGACUGCACACUGUGGCCCACAUGCUUCCACUCUGUACAGAAGAACAUCAUUUCAAAUCCCCUGGGGAUCUGACAGUCAACAUUUUUUUAAUCUAUCCUAUGUCUCUCCUGGCUGAUCCAAUAGAUUGAAUUAGUCAGGAAGCAGGCUUAGAAAACAAAGUGGAAAACAAAGUACAAAUAUCCUCC